CCAUUAAAUACGAACGAACCCGAAUGUGAUCGAAACUGAAAAUUCUCCUCUGACCGCACUCCAUUUUUCUCUCCUUAUAUUUUGCACAAAAAUUUUCAACCAUUUCUUCUAUUUUUAAACAAAAUUUCUCAUACCAGAAGCCCCAAAUACCUAAUUUCAAUAUUCAACGAUGGCUAAACAAGCCAGCAAACUCUUAGCUACCUUGUCUUCCAAAAUCCCAUCGUCUCAAUUAUCAACUUUUUCGUCUACUCGUCAAAUUCGCCAUUUUGGUUCCUCUGUCAGUAAACCUGCGGUUUUCGUUGAUAAGCAUACUCGCGUCAUCUGUCAAGGUAUUACUGGUAAAAAUGGUACCUUCCACACUGAACAAGCUAUUGAAUAUGGUACAAACAUGGUUGGUGGUGUGACGCCAAAGAAAGGAGGUACUGAGCAUUUAGGGCUACCUGUUUUCAACACUGUUGCUGAAGCAAAGGCUGAAACUAAGGCCAAUGCCUCAGUGAUCUAUGUCCCUCCACCCUUUGCUGCAAGAGCAAUCAUGGAAGGACUUGAAGCUGAAUUGGAUCUAAUUGUCUGCAUUACCGAAGGAAUCCCUCAACAUGACAUGGUUCGUGUUAAAGCUGCCCUUAACACACAAUCUAAAACUAGGCUAAUCGGUCCAAAUUGCCCUGGCAUCAUCAAACCUGGAGAAUGCAAGAUAGGCAUCAUGCCGGGCUAUAUUCACAAACCAGGUCGUGUCGGAAUUGUUUCUCGCUCUGGCACAUUGACAUAUGAAGCGGUAUUUCAAACAACUGCUGUUGGCCUCGGGCAAUCCACCGUUGUAGGAAUUGGUGGGGACCCUUUCAAUGGGACAAAUUUUGUUGAUUGCAUUGAGAAGUUCAUUGCUGAUCCACAGACAGAAGGUAUUAUUCUUAUUGGUGAAAUUGGAGGUACAGCUGAAGAGGAUGCUGCUGCUGUCAUCAAGGAAAGUAAAACUACCAAACCCGUGGUUUCUUUCAUUGCUGGACUGACAGCACCACCUGGCCGGCGCAUGGGUCAUGCUGGAGCCAUUGUCUCGGGUGGGAAAGGCACAGCGCAGGACAAAAUCAAGACUCUCAGAGAAGCUGGUGCCACCGUGGUGGAGUCUCCAGCCAAGAUGGGUACAACAAUGCUCGAAGUCUUUAAACAGAGGGGUCUUCUCAGUUAGGUUGAAGUAAAUCCGAUGCUCUUUCUUUGGUUUUCUCUUCAUAUUACAGUGUGGCAUAAUAGAUUGUGAUGUGAAUUGUGGAAGUCUUUUCCAGCAUCACUUGUUGAAGGACGGGCAAGAUUUUGAUUCUGUAUGAAUAUAUUUUUGCCUCUAUUUCCAUUGAAUUUCAGUGCGGGGGCAAUCAUCCAUUGAGAUCAAAUGUAAUUUGGAAAUGUCAAGUUUUGUUAGACGUCGAGUGAAUUUGAAAUCGAUGCCUUUAAUGUUUACAUUAAAUUAAUAAAAUUUGAGCUAAGAAUACCUUCUCGA